GCUGUUUACGUUCAUCCUUCAAAAUGGAGGACGAGGUGGACGUUGACAUCGAAGGAGACGAGUUCGAUGCUAAUAUCGGCGAGCAAGAUGCAAGAGGUUUAGUUCAGGAGCAGUCUGCGUGGAAAAGCAAUGCCGGAAUCCUGCCCUGGGAGCUGGACACCUCCAUCAGCAGCGAAAACCGGGAGGCCAUCCACAGGAUGCUUCUGGAGGAGCAAUACUACCUUAAAGGCCAGGCGAUUCCCAACCAAAUUUGGCCCAGUGAUGUUCUCAACAAGCCUAAAGUGAAGAAGUCUCCGGCCAAGACGUCCUCCUCCGCCUCAUCGCGGUGGUCCAAACAGGAGAAGGAGUUGUUUGAAGAGGGGCUGGCUCAGUUUGGGCGAAGGUGGACAAAGAUCGCUAAGUUGGUGGGCAGCCGCAGCGUCCUUCAGGUCAAGAGCUACGCCAGACAGUAUUUGAAACACAAGGUAAGACUGGACCAGGGCGUGGUGGCUCCCUCUACAGGCGCUGCGCCACCCUCGCCUCAGCCCAGCUCCGCCAACACGGUGCGUAUGGAGAAACCGGAUGAGGACGAGGACGAGGACGUGGACAUCACCGACGACCUCGGCGGCGAGCGUGGGGUCGAGCGUCAAGCCGGCCCUCCGCCCGCGCCUUCGCUCGGGCUCUCGGAGGAGUCCGCUGAGGAACGGGAGGCUGAAGCUGAAGCUUCAACAGCCUCCAAGCAGGCGCAGGCAGAGGAGGAAGAGGAGGAUGAAGCUGCAGAGAGUGACAAACCACAGGAAGAUCAGGAGGAGCAGGAGGAGGAGGAAGAUGAGGAGGAGGAGGAGCUAAAAGCACCAGAGCAGGAGGUGGAGCUGGACGUGGGAAGCAUCAGUGAGGACGAGAAGCAAGCCAUCCCGGAGUUCUUCGAGGGCCGGCCUUCCAAGACGCCCGAGAGAUACCUGAAGAUCCGGAACUACAUCCUGGACCAAUGGCUGAAGCGGAAGCCCAAGUACCUGAACAAGACGUCGGUGCGGCCCGGCCUGAAGAACUGCGGCGACGUCAACUGCAUCGGAAGGAUACACACGUACCUGGAGCUCAUCGGUGCCAUUAAUUUCAACUGCGAGCAAGCGGUAUAUAAUCGCCCCCGGGUCGCCGACCGCACCAAGCAGAAGGAGGGCAAAGACGUGCGGGAGGCCUACCAGCUGGCCCAAAGGCUGCAGAGUAUGCGGACAAGGAAGCGGCGCGUGAGGGACACGUGGGGAAACUGGUGUGAUGCCAAAGACUUGGAGGGACAGACAUACGAGCACCUUAGCGCCGAGGAGCUAGCCAUGCGCAGAGAGCGGCCCAAAGCCUGCAAAAUGUCCAGGCACAGAGGGUCUUUUGAUCCCUUCCAGCUCAUUCCAUGUCGGUGCUUUGGAGAGGAAGUGCAGGAACCAUUCAGAGUCGUCGUGUGUGCUGAGACGCUGCUGAUUAUGGACAUGCAUGCUCACGUGUCUCGCGGCGAGGUGAUCGGUCUGCUUGGUGGAACCUUCAAUGAGGAGGAAAAAGUGUUAAAGAUCAGUGCAGCGGAGCCGUGCAACAGCGUGAGCACGGGGCUCCAGUGCGAGAUGGACUCUCUGUCUCAGACGCAGGCUUGCGACGUGCUCUCCUCUCUGGGCUUCAGCGUGGUGGGCUGGUACCACUCCCACCCAUCCUUCCACCCAAACCCGUCUGUGCGGGACAUCAACACGCAGGACCAGUUCCAGAGUUAUUUCUCCCGCGGCGGCGCUCCCUUCAUCGGGAUGAUAGUGAGCCCGUACGACCCGACCAAUCCCUCGCCGCAUUCCCAAACCACCUGCUUGUUGGUCAAGGAGAGCCAAGAGCCCCUGGCACCGCAAAAGGUUCCCUACAAAUUUGACUUCCUGCCGUCACAGGACAUCCCAGACUGGGAUCAGACUUUAAGACGAGCCCUGUGGCUCAUCCACAAGUACUCCCAAACACCAGGGAGUGUGCACAUGGACAGAUUUUUCCGGAAGGACUCCCAUCUCACCUGUCUGGAAAAGAUGCUGUCGUCGCUGGCCAGAUACCUGGAGCCGCUGCCCGACGAGGAGGGCGAAGCCUUCCUCACUCAGAUCCACGCCCUCUUCCUGUCCGACUUCGUCUCCCAGCAGCCGCAGCAGCCUGGUGAAGGCGAGUGCGAGGAGACCAACUCGUCGAGUAACUCGCCCGCACCCGUCAAUUCGGGUGAUGUCGACGAGGAUUCGGGAGGCGACGAAACGCACUCGAGCAGCACCGUGCUGCAUCUUGGCUCUGUGCUGUCCACUGGACACAACUAUUUACUCUGAUCUGAGUCUAUGUAGAAUGCUACAUUUGUACGCAUGUACUUUUUUUACUAUUAGCUUUUACUAGCACAUUACCGCCUGAGCUUUGAAUACUACAUGCAAUAUACAGAACACAGAUAUGAACAGAAGACGAGUUUCAUUUACGCCAGUGCUGGAGCGUCCCGUCUAAGCGACGUGCCUAUGUGGUGGCCAUGUUGGUAGGGGCAACAUUCCUAUCAAAGGCAAUGCAUGUACAUUGAAAAUAAAUAACUUGCACAUUUCU